GUCACUUCCUGCAGCAGUUUCGUUAGUGAGAGUAGCAGGCUAGGUGGCUAACUAGCAGCUAAUAUUGUGCUGUCAUGAGUGGACAUUUCUAGUUUUUUUUCGGGAGCUCUUAUCUAAAAUGAAUACGACACGUUUAAAGUCUGACUGAACUGUUGUGGUAACUUAAUUGCCUUGUGUGGCGUCCUCAAGUUUCUAUUUGUUAGCCACUUGCUAGUAAGCGUUAGCUAACUAUAUUCAUUCAUCACUAUGGCAAGUGCAGCAAAUGCAAACGUAAACGCAGUCCGGGAGACAAUGGAUGUGCUGCUGGAGAUCUCCAGGUUGCUGAACACAGGUUUGGACAUGGAGUCUCUGUCCAUAUGUGUGAGACUUUGUGAGCAGGGCAUCAACCCAGAAGCUCUGUCUGCAGUCAUCAAAGAGCUUCGUAAAGCCUCCGAGUCCCUCAAGGCUUCUGAGAACUGCACAAACUGAAGAUGAAAACGAAUCACCUCAGUUUGGGACUUUUAAUGGGAUCAUGCUCCGUUCCUGGAUCUGUACCUACUAUGGGUUCUCCAGGAAACCAGAUUUCUCUGUAUUUUGACACUCUGUCCUCUUUGCCUCCUUGUUGACUAAUUUGCUCCUGUUCUGCGCUUUGACUUGUGUCAUGUUUUUGUUUUUUUUUCUUCUUCUUCUUUUUUUUUUUCAGUCCUCGCUCUAAACUCAAGUCUUAUUCUGUCAUUUUGCCUCAAAAUUUCGGUGCCCCAAGUUUUUCCUAACACAGUUUGUAAUGUGUUGGUUCAGGUUUGCAUUGACAUCCCGCCUUAAUUUAAGAGCAAACUUCUGGUUUCUGAUCAUCAGCUUGAUUUGCUCUUUUCAUGAUGAAAUGUUUUUAUGGUGUUUUUGAAAUGUGUAUGAUUUGUUAAGCAUGGUUUUGUUUUUUUAUUUGUGUUCUUUUGCCAUUUCCAUUUUUCAUGUGACUAUUCAGGAUGGAAAGUCUAAAUUAAAACGUUACAGUCAGUGGCCACCA